AUGGAAAUAAUCAAAUAUUUUCUAUCAAUAAAAACGUCUAAAUUUCAUGAUCGAUUGGUACGCAAGUUUCUAUAUCGUUUGAAACAUCGCAAGCUUAGCAAACCACUUCAAUCAAGCAUCAACCAAUGUUUGGAGAUCAUAGAUACCACAUCAAAUAACAACGCGCAUCUAGCUUAUUUUUACCACUUUUUGUUGACUUGCCCUCCUAAACAAUUGAUUCCUUAUUGUCUAUCCAACAUCUAUAACUUGUUGGACAAGCAAUCAUUUGUGAACAAAACUGUACAAGGAAUAAUCACCUCACACAAAUUCGCCCCAUUAAAAUUAAAUAUCCAUCAUCACAAACGUAAAUUCAUCAUCUUCUUUAUCUCCAUCUUGUUGCAUCACAAACACUCAUCAAAGAUAUUUAAAGCAUUGUUGAUAAUGUGCAACGACCCCUUCAUUUCACAUAUUUCCAUGAAUUCUUGUUAA